CCGCCUUCCACUAUGUUGUGUUUUCUGUUACUCGCAUCGCCAUCUUGUUGCAAGUCAAGUAAUGCACGUCUGAGGAAUUUUCGGAAGGACUGUAGAGAUUUUUUUUUUAACGUAAUCAUAAUCUUUAAAGGAGUGUUAAAGCUUAGUGUGCGUGAACAACCCGGUCAUCCCGCAAACACGCAACUUGCAGCGUGUGCGCGUGUGAAUGUGUGUGUGUGUGCGCGCGCGCGUGUGAUUUUUAAAGACACUGUAUCCGCUCGGUGUACGAAAUGAGUAUUGAUACUCUGCUGGAAGCGGCUAGAUAUCUGGAGUGGCAAGCAGCCCAGCAACAACAGAUUACACGUGGUGAAUUACGUCGAAACGGACGAGGAAAACAAAAAUAUUCGCUCCAGUACGUGCUGGAAGAACGCAGUCGGCGGGAAAGCGACGAGUCUGGGGAUGACGUUUCAGAAGUAAAUAGUGAUGAAUCGUGUAUUGAUUCCGAGGCAGAGGGAGGAGACGUUGCUCUCGACAAAGGAAGAUGAGCGACGACAAAAGGCCCUCCUGUCCCGUGGAGCGGAACCCAAGCGUGUCGAAUUUGCUGCCACGUCCAUCCAGCCGGCGCCGGUUAACCACACGAUCUGGGCUGGCGAGGCACGAACAGAGCCUCGCAACCAUCAGCCACGCCCUCCGGCCCCAGCCCCUCUCCUGCCUCCACCCAUGCCCAUCACGGUCAUCCCAAUCCCUGUGGUUCCAGCUAAUCCCGCUGCGUCAGCGCUCCAUACGGCCUCCCCUAUACCGGUGGUAACUUCUCUGUCUGCAGCACUGUCCCCUCCGUGUGCUCCUUUACUCAGCUCUGUAGUGAAGGACACGCCCUCGGCACCGCAGCAGCAGCAUCUUCACCAGCUUCAGCAUCGCCCCCUGGUCACCCACGUGAAGGCAGAAGGCAGCACUUUGCCUCAGUCUGGCACCAGUCCCAAGCAGCAGCCUCAGGCCCUGCUGCAGCCGUACCCUGCCCCUGUCAUCACCCCCCAGCAUGCCUUGCUGGCCCAGCCUACUCUCGCACAGCCUCCGAGUCACGUAUCGCAACCGGUCCGGCCCAACGGCGCAGCCUUGGAGGACACCCGUGGCCUGGAGGGCAAAAGGCGACCCGGAGGAGCAGGAACCAGGGAGGUGCACAAUAAGCUAGAAAAGAAUAGACGCGCGCACCUGAAGGAAUGCUUCGAGACCCUGAAGAGGAACGUCCCCAACGUGGACGAGAAGAAGACGUCCAAUCUGAGCGUGCUCCGAAGCGCCCUGCGCUACAUCCAGACGCUAAAGCGAAAGGAGAAGGAUUACGAGCAUGAGAUGGAGAAACUGGCGAGGGAGAAGAUCGCCACUCAGCAGAGACUGGCCGAGCUGAAGAACGAUCUGAGCCAGUGCAUGGACAUCGUGGAGAUCGAGCGCAUCGUCCGGCAGACGGUCCAGCCUGAAGACGACCAGGCUUCCACGUCAACAGCAUCAGAAGGCGAAGAAAACUUCGAACAGGACGCAGAAGGUGGCGCCCCGUCCUCGUCCCGCUCCUCGGCCCUGAGAUGUCAGCCGGCGCCGUCCGAGCCACGCGGCCCCGUUCUUCCGCCUCCUCCGUCCAUCCUCCCCUCCCACAUUGCCUUCCAGCACAAACCGUCCACCCCUCCACAGCCCCAGAACACAGCCAUCGCUCCUCAACCCAGCGUCAUCGCGCACGCCUCCGUCUCUCACGCCUCCGUCAUCCAGGCGGUUAAUCACGUGCUCCCGGCUGUUUCCAAACCCAUUGGUCACAUAACCGUGCACCCGGUGACCCUUUACCAACAGCCCGUGGCUGUCUCGCAGUCCCCAGUGCUGGGUCACAUUACACAGACGCUGGCGCAGCAGCCCCAUAGCCACAGCCAUGUUAACGGUGCAGCGGUGGGUCAGCAAGGCGCCGUCAUCGGAAAGCCCACGGCUGUAGUGACCCACCAUCACGCAGGUCUCAUGGGGCAGGCUGUGCUUAACCCAGUGACUAUGGUGACCGUACCGCCUUUUCCUGUCAGCACACUUAAGCUAGCAUGAGCCACGCAGGUUUGUGUGUGAUGUGUGGUAUGUGGCAUGUGAAGAACAUCUGGAUGGUCAGAAGAGCACAGGACUUUGCUAUUGAUUUAGCAUCGUGAGCGUGCCCGAUCGUGGAAAUGACUCUCGUCAC